AUGCAUGAUUGCAAUACGAGUACGAUGUUUUUGCACAGGAUAGGUGAAAGCCUCAACCCGCCGGUUUCUAAAGACUACCAGCUGGAUCGGUUUUUUGUGGGCGGCAGGCGAAAGUUUUUGUCUGGUUUCACCGACUAUUCAGUGCAAAUAUGUCUGGGUCUGGAAGAGUAGAAACUUGUCAUGCAUGUUUUCCAUGACCCAUGAGGUGCGGAAAAAUGUGGGACCUAGCAUGACAAACUCUGUGAAGAGGCCUCCGUCAUGUGUAUCACGCAUGAGAAACUCUCCCUCCCAACUUGGUCGAAAGUGGACAGCUUUUGGUAAUCAUGCAACACAGACUUUUUGCAUGCUUCAGAUUUAGCAUCACAAGUUGCAGCCUUCCAGACCCAGACAUGUUUGCAUUUGAUACCGACUUAGAUCUAGCCUCGCCGCACAUUGACUGCUACUCACCCUCCGUCGCGUCGUUUUCGGCACCGCGAGCGCGUUCGGCAGGAGAUGUCGGGAACCGCGUGAUGCGGGUAAAAAACCUAUACUAGAGGAUUUCAAUUUCAUGUUUGCUUUUGGUUUUGCUCUUAGAGAAUUACAAAUUAUAACUCUAUCCAGAUAAGCAUAAUACUUGCGAACUCUGCAUAACAGAUUCAUUGUUGGAACGCGUAGUUGUGUACAACUAGCCGUGCGUUGCCAUUGCCAAUAAACGCCACUAGAACAUUCUGAUUUUUAGACCAAUUAUCGAAUUCAUCCCCGUGCCACUUGGAAGUCUCGAUAACUACGGCAAUGGACCAGCAUUCAAGAAGAUGAAGUAGGUCCAGUAGUUCCAGAUUAGUUCGUAGUAUAACUUUAUUUGCUCCACCCUCUUGGAAGUUCUGUCGCACUCAAAAUUGAGAUGCCAAGCCGUUCCUCAUGGCGGGCACCAGGAUCCCACCGAUAAUUUUUGCGAUCAGCAUUCUCUUUGUUUUCCGCGCAAAAAUAAUCAGAAUCCCCAACUUUUUGAUUUCCUUUUCCUUGACAAAAAAUAUCUCAAAAACAAAUCCAAAAAUCUACUCAGGAUGUGUCCCCGAUGCAUUUCGCGCGGGCCGCUGCGGGCCUGCAAGUCUACCAUGGAAAGAAAUCCUACCGUUCCACAGCGGAAUUCGACAGACCCACCGCAAGAAAAAUUGGGCUGGAGUCCGCGACAUACGAGGAGAGUUUGUUGAAAACGAAGCUGACGCCGCCUCUCGUUUCCACCAGUGUAUCGAGCUACGUAGAGAAAGGAGCAGGAAGUCGUGCGGGGAAGAACAGUAAUAAUGUUAUUUCCAGGAGGUCCGCUACUAGUACAGCUACCGCUCCGUCAUACCACUCCCUUCCCGACAGCUACUCACUACGAGCCGGGGGCCUGAACGGCACAGGAGUUGCUGCAGGUUCCUCUGCCGUUAAGUACAACGACGACGGUAUCAAAGGGAAAAAUCCCCCCUCCCCAUAUCGAAAAGGCAUCCUUUUGAAAAUUUGUGAUGCUGAUUUGUAGUCACAAAUGAGGUCUGUCCUGCAAAAGAGCAAAGCCAGAGCUUUCGCCGCUUUACGCAGGCGAUUUGUAAUGCUGCUGCACCAACAGGGUAGACGUCUGCCAUGCUGAGCGCCCACCUCUAGCCAGGCCCGUCUAGGCUUUGCAUCUGCCUGCAGUCCUAUACUGCAAGACAAAGCUGAUUUGUGUCCACAAAUCCAGCAACAGAAGUUUUCGUUUCAAUAUGGGGAGGGGGGAUUUUUCACUUUGAUAGACUCCGGCGCAGAAGUUGUUCCGUCGUUCCUCAAGAAUCUACUACUUUCGGUUGAACGGACAGAAGAUUACGAGAAAAAAGUGAACCAAUUGCUCCACAACGAAACCGGGAGGAAUUUGACGGAAUUUAAGGUGGAUAGGGCGGAAUUCGACCACAAAAUAGGCCAAAUCUACGACAACGCAAUGAACUGCGGUAGUGGUACUUCUAAAGGAGGAGGUGGAAGUAUUACAAGUAGACGAGCACAAGGCUACUACUUCAUCGCUGGUGGGAUAAGAAACGGUAUUAGGACAAGGACGCAGAACGACGAGCAGGAAACUACUACUGCUCCCCCCGCAUCAUCUGCUCUUCUUUUCCGCCAGAAAAUAAACCAACAAAACGAGAGGAAGGAGUGGCUAUUCGCAAAUCAGAGGAUACAGCACGGAAACUCGCCGCUUAACAAACUGCACGAGACGAGGAACAGGGUUUUGAUGGAGGAUACGAAUAGAAAUGCAAAUUAUCGAUCUCGGUCUUCUGGAAAUCAGUGCAUGACAAACAAGCUUCCGGCACGACAAAAAAACUGGGUCCACCAACUACUACGUAUUUUUCAUAUUCAUGCACCACAGAAGUACUAGACCUUAGUCUUGCUUUCUUCAUUUAAUAAAUUUUGCAUUGCAAAUCCAGACCCAGAUCAGAAUCGGUAUUUGCAAUGCAUAGAGGACAACAAAAUCCUGCCCACCGCUAAGACGUACGAGUACAAAAACCUCUUGGUAAGCAACCGCGCGGUCUACCCGAGCUAUUUGGGAAGCGUUUCGAACUCUGAGGCGCAUCGGAAAUUGCUGCUCGUGGCGAAUCGGUUUGGGAGUUUGAGACCGGGAACGCGGAAUUUGGCAGAUUGCUUUUAAUUCGGAUGGUGAUCAUCUUCAUCUUCUGUAGGGGAGUACUAGUAGUCUGAUUUUAGAAGGAGGAAUUCCGAAAUAAUUGGCGAAAAGGAAGACAACAACGUACUUACAACUACUCGUACGUCGCUCGGCAGCAGAAAGAAAUAAAUCAUUUUUGUACGAUUGUUUCGAACUCAUCAAACUGUGCCUGUGGUCUGGAGUGUUAUAAUAUUAAACUUGUGGCUUCAACUUCAUUAUCAUUGGAUGGAGCAAAAGGAACAAGUCUUGAUGCUUGCACGAAGACCCAGCACGAUUUUUUCUUUUUUCCAGCCUCUGUCGUUUGGCGGUGAUUGGAAAGUGAGGCUGGUAUGCACCUGGACCACCUGAGUCGGAAAAAUAAAUUCGACUGCUUUAGUGUGGAUGUGAUGUGUGCAAGAUUGUCUACUAGUUCUAGUACUAGUUUCUUUGUCGAAAAAUAAAGCUAGAUGCAUGGCCGCACCGUCUUGGAUGCGCUGCAGCAUGAAAACUGGAG